UGUAUGAUUACAAUUGUCAUGUGCUUGGCCAAAGUUUUAGUUUCAAGGUUAAAUUUUCUUCCUUAUAACGCGCAUAUUCAUAUACAUAAUGUAUAACUUAUAAUACAAUAUUAUAACAAAUAUUAUAACUUAUAAUCACUUUUUAUUAAAAGCUCCUAAUUUGUAUACAAUACUGUGAUUAUAUACAAUACAAAUAUCUCAAAUUAUGAAAGAAGAAACAUUAAAAGGUUGGCAUCUUAUAUGGUGGUUAUUUAAAUUGUUUGGAUUUCCUAUCACUAUUCCAUGGUUGAUAUAUCAUUUCUUUGAUAUAAUGCAACAAAAAAGAAGAAAAAGUAUGUUACGUGGAAAGGUUGUGAUAAUAACUGGAGCUAGUUCUGGGUUAGGAGAAGCAUUGGCACAUGUUUUCUAUGAUAUUGGUUGUAAACUUAUUUUAAUUUCUAGAAGGAAAGAGGAAUUGGAAAGAGUGAAAAAUGACUUAAUGAAUACUCAUGUUACAAUACCAACUUACCCUCCAGUAAUUUUACCAUUAGAUAUAACUAGUAUUAAUUCUCUACAAACUGAAGUCGCAAAAAUAAUAGAUAUACAUGGAAAAAUUGAUAUUUUGAUUAAUAAUGCUGGCAUUGCUUACAGAGGUGAAAUUAUUAAUACUAAUAUGGAUGUAAAUAUAAAAAUAAUGCUUACAAAUUACUUCGCUCAAAUUGCUUUAGCAAAAGCUGUCCUUCCAUACAUGAUACAGCAACAGUCGGGUCACAUAGUAUGUGUUAGUAGCAUUCAAGGCAAAAUUUCAAUUCCAUUCAGGUCUGCAUAUGCAGCUUCUAAAUAUGCAUUGCAAGCUUGGUGUGAUUGCUGUAGAGCAGAAUUGCAUGAAAAAAAUAUAAAAGUUACAGUCGUUAGUCCUGGUUAUAUAAGAACUUCUUUUUCACUGAAUGCACUAACAGAAAGUGGACAAAUUUAUGGAGUAAUGGAUAAAACUACACAAGAGGGAUAUGACCCAAUAUAUGCAGCAGAUUGUAUUUUAAAAGCAGUAUUGAAAGAAAAAAAAGAUGUGUUAAUAGCACCAUUUAUUCCAAAACUUGUGGUAUAUAUACGCACUUUAUAUCCAUCAUUAUAUUUUUGGAUAAUGCAAAAAGAAUUUAAGAAAUCAAAGGCAAAGACAUCAUAAUAUUCAAUUAUAAUAAUUUGUCAUAAAUAUAAUUACAAUAAAUGGC